AUGCCAGAAGCAAGCAUUCGCUGGCCAAAUAACGAAGCCAGCUUCAUUGAUUACGCAGAGAUAAUCAAGCUUCGGCAUCCGCUCAUCCAAAACGGGUUUUGUUUUGUGGACGGCCUCAAUAUUCCGGUGGCUGCCUCAAGCGAUGGUGACGUUGAGAACGCAUACUACAACGGAUGGACGUGCAGUCACUACUGCUCGAGUAUCAUGGCCUUUGCUCCAGAUGGAUGCCUCAUCUUCUGCAGUCUACAUGCGACGCUGCAGUAG